AUGGAAUCAAACUUGAGCACCAGUUUCAUCCUUGUGGGGCUCUUUGGGGACACCCCAAAUGCCACACUCCUUUAUACUAUGACCUUCAUCAUUUUCUUAAUGGCCCUAGUUGGGAACUCCCUCCUCAUUCUUCUCAUCCACUCAGAGCCCCGCCUCUGGACCCCCAUGUACUCCUUCAUCAGCCAGCUGUCUCUCAUGGAUCUCAUGUACAUCUCUGUGACCGUGCCCAAGAUGCUGGUGGGCCAGGUCACAGGAGACCAUAUCAUCUCCUCCACAGGCUGUGGGAUCCAGAUGUUCUUCUACCUGACCCUGGCAGGAGCUGAAUGUUUUCUUCUGUUGGCCAUGGCCUACGACCGAUAUGCUGCCAUCUGUAGACCUCUGCAUUACCCACUGUUGAUGAACCACAGGGUCUGCCGGCUGAUGGUGUCUGGAUGCUGGUUCCUGGGAACACUGGAUGGCUUGCUGCUUACCCCCAUCACCAUGAGCUUCUCCUUCUGCAAGUCCAGGAAGAUCCUGAGCUUCUUCUGUGAGACCCCUGCCCUGCUGAGGCUCUCCUGCUCUGACGUCUCCCUCUACAAGAUGCUCCUAUACCUGUGCUGCAUCCUCAUGCUCCUCGUGCCCACCCUGGUCAUCUCCAGCUCCUACACCCUCAUCCUGCUCCUCAUCCGCAGGACAAGCUCAGCCAAGGGCUGCAGGAAGGCGCUGGCCACCUGCUCCUCCCACAUGACCGUGGUGUUGCUCUUCUUUGGUGCCGCUGUCUACACCUACAUGCUCCCCGGCUCCUAUCACACAGUGCAGCAGGAUAUGAUGGUGUCAGCCUUCUACACCAUCCUCACUCCCUUGCUGAACCCCCUCAUCUACAGCCUCCGCAACAAAGACAUCACGUUGACUCUGAGGAGCCUGGUUCAGUCAAGCACCUGCUCUGACGUCUCCCUCUACAAGAUGCUCAUGUACCUGUGCUGCAUCCUCAUACUCCCCAUGCCCACCCUGGUCAUCUCCAGCUCCUACACCCUCAUCCUGCUCCAGAUCAUGGUUGCUUUCAAGACCAAUACAACCUGUGUGUUGAGUGCUUCUGGAAC